UGGUUGGCAGGGUGUGCGUAAAUGCAUUCGGUAAGUUAACAUCAGUGUGGGUUCGAUUGAGGCGAAGGAACGGUGUUUUUUGUUGCAGCAUCAGACGGGCGACAGUAGCAAGACUAGCAAGUAGCAUUAUUGCUUUUAUGGAUACUUAAUACGAGUUCCCGUUAGAUUUAUAAUGCAGCAAUACUUAAUAUCCACACUGUUAAUCCUCUCGUUAUCACGCUAUGCAUUCGGGUUUAAUUUGGAGUACCGAAUACCUGUUAUCAAACGGGGCUCGGUGGGAUCAUAUUUUGGUUACUCUGUAGCCGAACACCAAGACGUCUCCGAUGAUGAUGAUUCCGAGAAAUCCACAAGUUGGAUGCUGGUGGGCGCUCCGUUGGACCAAAAUCGUCAGCCCGGAACGAACAGAUCUGGAGCUCUUUGGAAAUGUCCGCUUACCACGAAUACUUUGGAUUGUGAACAAGUUGUCACGGAUGGAAGAACGGCAGCAGGAAAUCCAAGUACUUCAAUUGCCGAUUCCGAAGAUUUGGUUGCACCUAAUAACGACACUGAAAUAAAAGACAAUCAGUGGCUCGGAGUGACGGUUCGAAGCCAAGGCGUUGGCGGCAAAGUUAUGGUCUGUGCUCAUCGUUACAUUGUCAGAACGCCAGAUUCACGGUGGGGUCAAGGUCUCUGCUAUAUUUUGACUAAGGAAUUGAAAUUCGAAGAAGUUAGGAAGCCCUGUUCUGGCAGACGGACAAACAAAGCUCACGAGGAGUUUGGUUACUGCCAGGCGGGUACUAGUGGAUUGUUGACGUCAGAAGACCGCGUCUUGAUUGGAACACCAGGCCCUCACACAUGGAGAGGAAACCUAUUUGUCUUUACUAUUGCUGACAAUUUUUUAGAUCGUGACACCACCAUCUAUCAUGCUCCAAUGCAGGACAAUUCUCCCGUCGACAAGUAUAGCUACUUGGGGAUGUCCGUGGCUGCGGGUAACUUUUUUAAUCGGAACACAUCCUAUGCUACUGGUGCACCACGAUCGAAUGGUACAGGACAGGUGGUUCUAUUGUCCAGACAUCAAAAUCAGGAAGAAAUGAGCGUCGACUUGAUUUUGGACGGCGAGCAAAUCACUUCGAGUUACGGAUACGAAAUAACGUCCGCUGACGUUAAUGGAGACAAUCUUACAGAUCUUAUAGUGGCUGCACCAUUUUAUUUCAACAAAGCAGAGGGUGGGGCGGUUUACAUUUACACAAUGCUGUGCAAAAAUAUAACAAAGAAUGAGAAGUGCAACGUGCCAACCAAGUUGAUUGGGCGCGAGGAGUCACGAUUCGGAUUUGCUCUGACGAAUUUGGGGGACCUCAACAAGGAUGGAUACGAAGAUAUUGCUAUUGGGGCACCGUACGAAGGCAAGGGGGCAGUUUAUAUCUACCUUGGAUCUAAAGAUGGCUUAAUCACUUCACCGUCUCAGGUGAUUCAUUCGAGCCAAAUGCCAACCUCCCUCAGCACGUUUGGGUAUUCUUUAAGCGGGGGUAUCGACAUGGAUCAAAACGGAUAUCCAGAUCUUUUAGUCGGCGCUUAUGACGACAAUGCUGUUGUCCUCCUCAGGUCUCGAAAGAUCAUCGACAUUACAACGUACAUCCAAUAUCAGAAUAAGGAUUUGACUUACCAAGAGAAGAUCGCACCAAUAGAUCCAAACAAGCAUGGAUGCCCUGCUGAUCCUACCUCUAACUACACGUGUUUCUCAUUUGAAGCCUGCUGCAAGACGGCGUCAUUGGUCAGAGAUGAAGACAUGCAAAAUCUUCGACUCAACUACUACAUCGAAGCGGAAACUUAUUCAGGAGUGAGAAAGUUUUCUCGAGUCUGGUUCAAAAAUGACAAUCUACGUCCAAAUUCUAUAAAUCGUACCGUAACGUUAGAUCCGAAAGGGUUGGUGCACUGCCAAUCUGAUACAGUUUAUCUUAAGGAAAACACACGUGACAUUCAGUCCCCAAUCAAGUUUAGGUUUAAUUACACGUUGAUUCAAGAAGAACCAGUUAUGCCGGCCGAAGGAGGCCCAUUGCCUGAAAUGAAAAACUUUCCCAUACUGAAUCAGCAGGAAGCUGCGAGAAUAUUUGAAGCUACUUUCCAAAAAGAAUGUGGAUCGAACGAUAUUUGUGAAAGUAAUAUUCAACUUCAAGCGGCGUUAAAUCUGACAGUGAUACCAACCGCUCCAAACUUUUAUGAAUUAUUGCUUGGCGAAAAGGAAGAAGUUGUCGUUGAUGUAAACGUGACGAACAUUGGGGAAUCUGCUUAUGAAGCCCAGCUCUUUAUCACGCAUUCACCAAGCCUGAGCUAUAUAGCUAGUAAAAGUAACGAUUCGAUCCUUUGUAAUGUGUACAAUAACACUGUCAAUUGCGCAAUUGGAAAUCCAUUCAAAAUGAACCAGUCUGUGAAUAUACAAGUCAGAUUUGACCCUAAAGGGCUCGGGGACAGCGAGUCUCAGCUUGAAUUCGUAACUUUUGUCAAUUCAACGUCAAAAGAAGUCAGCGAAAAGAAGCCCAUUUCUCUAAAAGCUACUGUCUCGAAGAGGGCUGAAUUAUCCAUUCAAGGGAAUAAACAAAGGACCUAUUACGGAGGACUUGUAAUUGGCGAAUCUGCCAUAAAACAUCUGCACGAAGUUGGACCAAAAGUGUCACACGUUUAUCACGUAUUCAACGAAGGUCCGUGGAAAGUGAACAUUAUCGAAGUUCACAUAUCCUGGCCUUACGAAGUUGCUAACGACAAACCUCACGGCAAAUGGCUUCUCUAUUUGGAAGAAUUGCCGACAGUACAAGCAUCGGGAGGUGGUCAGUGUUCAUUACCUUAUGAUCAAGAUGUGAAUCCGUUAAAAUUACAAGGAAGUCUUAGUCUCGAUGAUAUGGACAAUAUCUUUCCGUCGACCACAGUUAUCUCACCACUCAAUGGUUACUCGAAUCGCACGAGUAUUAUGCGGAAACGUAGAGACACUGAAAAAGUAAUAAACACAAAGACGAUGAUUGGCGAAGAUGGUCUGAGACACCAAAUUGUCUCUAUGAAUUGCAAAGCAAAUACGGCAAAGUGUUUCGAUAUUAAGUGCAUAAUAUAUAAUUUGCAAAGGAAUCAAGAGGCAGUUAUCGCAGUUAAGGCCAGGCUCUGGAAUUCAACGCUAGUCGAAGAUUAUCCAAGAGUGGAUGAAGUUAGGAUUGGAUCGAAUGCAAGAAUAAUUAUUCCGAGUAACGUUGUGAUAGAACAGGAAAAUCUGAAGGACGACCAAGCAGUUGCGGAAACCAUAGCUUAUCCAAGUUUGCUGGGUGGACAAGCCGCGGAACCAGUGCCGAUAUGGAUAAUUAUUGUGGCUAUAGUGGCAGGUUUGUUACUCCUUAUUCUUUUGACACUCGUGCUGUGGAAACUUGGAUUCUUCAAGAGACGCAGGCCCGAUCCCACACUCUCUGGUAAUCUUGAGAAACAUAGAGACGAUAACCCAGAGAACGAAGCACUGUUCAAGCACUGAGGUACUUAUGUUGAACAAUCUUUAUUAUUGUUAAGGAGAUACUGAAAAAAAUGUCGAGUAUUUUGUCGCAGUUUAUUACCGGCUAAUUAUUCAGAGAUUAAAUCCAGUGACGCCUUAAAAAAUUGGUAUUUGCGUAUUAUUGAUUAUAUAUGUUACGUUUUUAUUGUUGGUAUUUAAACAAACAAAAAAAUUCGAGAAAGAAAGAGGAUAUUCAAAGCCUAUUGUUAUUAUGCAUAUUGUGAUAAUGAUAAUCUCUUGAUUCAUCUAUUUCUGAGCGUGGCUAAAUAUGUUUUUUUAACGCAAUUUAUUUCUCGUUUAUUUCUCUGCAAAAGUAUACGUAUUUAUAAUAUAUAUUUUAUAUAUUAUUAUUUUCACAUUGGGCAACUUUUCGGUGCAAAAGUAAUUACCACUUCUUUACAUUUUACUUAAUUUGAAAGCACGGAAAAAAAGUAGCUGAAUAUUUAGGAUAUUUUGAUCGACUAUUGGUAACGUGUGAAGAGAGAGCUGAAAAAUAGUAUUAAAGAGCACUGAUGCGACCAAAGUAAUGUCAAUUUGAUAACUGCCUAAUUAAUUACUUCUUUUCUUGUUUUAUUAAACUAAUAAUGUCAUAGACAAUGUAAUCUUCUUUAUUAUUUGACUGAGUCUAUCUCUGUUACGAAUAGACGAAUUUAUUUAAGUUACUCCCGGUCUUUUCGUGCAAAAAACGCUCUGUUGUCAAUAUCAAUAUUCGUAUUAGAUGAAAUGAAAUUAUAAAAAAUUAUUACUGCGGUGCCUUAAAUUAAUCGCGUUAUUAUUCACAACAGCUUAAAAACGGUUCGAAAGCAAACAAAUGAUUUAUGUAUAAGUAUUUCUAUUUCAGACAACAAAGUGUUCUUGAUAACAAAUUUUACUGUACAGAUCUUAGAUAGUUUAUUAACUACGGUAAGACUGACAAAAGAUGUAUUUUAUAUCACUACAUCAGAGUACUUUAGCUUUGGUGGUAAAUAAAAAGAAAAUUACCACAACAAGUCUAUGAGUAAAAUGUAAGGAAUUAGGGAAUCAGACUUACAAUAUUGUUUUGAAAAAAUAUUUCAAUAUAUUCACUUACAUUAAUUACAGACUUUUAAAAACAAUACAUUUGCAAAAUCUAAAAAUUCGAAAUUACGGCGAACGCCAAAUAUUUCCUUGUUAUAUCAAUCCAAAACUCUUGUACUGUGAUAUGUACGAAAUUGUGGUACAUAUGUAGAUAUUCGACGAAAAUUCAAAUGUUAUAACAAGAAAAAAUCCGUUAAUAUGGCUAUAUCUGUAUCUACAACGUAUAGCGCACAAGUUUUUACAGAAAAAUAAUUCCUACAAUUUGUAUUCUAUAAAAUUUUUUAAUACGAAGCAGCUAACCCACUUUUUACUAAACUAGUAUAAAUUGUACUUAUAAAAGAUAUAAAUGAGUUCAUGUGUAACGAAUGAACUUAUCCAAGUCCAGCAUUUUAAUUGUGACGAAAAGUGUAUGAUAUAGUAUUGAUUCAGUCUCUAAUUCUUUUGUGAUCAAUGAAUACUGGAUGAAACAAUUCAUGUGAACUCUGAGCUUUGUUGAUGUUGCUUGGCCAGGUUCCAUAUUUCGCAAAAUGUUUCUUUGAUCACAGUUUAGCAGGAAUUAGAUGAACAUAAAUAGACAUUACAACAAAUCACUACCAUAUUAUACAUAUCACUGCCAUGAGUUAUUGUAGAUUACUACUUCUUCUGGAAUAGGAUAAACAUUCCCUGAAGCGAAUGAUAAUUAGCAAAAAGAUAUAACA